UCGAUGACGUAUACACAACGCGAAGUUCCACUUUCUUGUUUUGAAAUGCCAAAAUUUCAUUAAUUUAAAUAUUUCACAAGUUUAUUUCCAAAAAAGACAUCAUGUCGGAGAGUGAAAGUAACAGUUCAUCGCAAGAUGAGAUAGCAAAGUCCUUUCAGUACCUGCCAGAGAGGCAGGCAAAGGUCGCAACGCUCCUUAACAUGAUGAAGAAAACAGAUAAGACUGAGAAACACGACAAAGACAAGGAUAAAGACACUGAAGAUGAUUCUAGUGAUCCCAUUUAUUACUGCAUUUGCCGCUCCACUGAUGGGACAAGAUUUAUGAUAUGCUGUGAUUACUGUGAAGAAUGGUAUCAUGGAAACUGCAUUGGUAUCGAGAAAGAAGCUUCCAGAAGCAUCAAGAGAUAUGCCUGUCCUCCCUGUCAGAAGAAAAACCCAGAAGCGAAGACCCUUUACAAGGAGAAGAAGGAAAAAGUGGAGGUCAGGAAGGAGAAGGAAAAGGAAAAGGAAAAGGAGCGUGAGCGAGAACGAGAACGAGAACGAGACAAAGAGAGACAUGAGAGAGAACGGGAACAAGAGCUGCACCCCAAGAAAAAAAAGAAGAAAAAAAAGAAGAAGGUUGUCUCUUCAGAUGAGAAGAAAAGGAAGGAAAGAAGGAAAGAUAAAAUUAAGAAGAAGAAGAAGAGGAUGCCUACAAGUUCCUCAUCAGAUCGGGACAGCCGUAAGGUAACUGGAGCAGCAGCGCGUCAUGCAAGGCGGUGUGGUCAAUGUCAACCAUGUCAACUUAUUAGCGACUGUGGCAAAUGUGAUUUCUGCUUGGACAUGAAGAAAUACGGUGGACUAAACAAACUCAGACAGAAGUGUCGUUUAAAACAGUGCAUUAGACUGGCCAGCAAAGUUCUGAGGCAUAAGAACCUUGGUUCCAGUCAAUCGGAGUCGGACACCAGAAACUGGGAUACAGCAAGUCUAGAUACAGACACCGACACACAAAGCAGCUUCUCUGAACGGCCUAAUAGAGUAAGUCAACAAUCAACGCCCUCAUCUGUGGAUGUGAGUUUAUUGGAUCAUUAUGACUAUGCCAUGAGACCCGAGCUCGACCCAACUGAGAAGAAAGAGAAAAAGGAAAGAAAAGAAAAGAAGGAAAAGCAGUCUGAACACAAAGAGAAACAGGCAUUCAAAGAGAAAGAGAAGCGACCAACCAAAGAGGAGCGUAAGCGUAAACGCGCCCAGCAGAAGCCCACCAUUGAUGAGCCUAAAUUCAAGAGAGUGUUGCGAUCAGCCGCACCUGUUGAGGAAGAUUUACCACAGUGCUAUGGACCUGGUUGUGUCAAUGCUGCCAGACAUAGCAGCAAGUAUUGCAGUGAAGCAUGCGGCCUCAAACUUGCCACAAAUCGUUUGUUUGAGUUCCUGCCCCAGCGUAUUCAGCAGUGGCAGCGUAGUCCCUGUAUUGCUGAAGAAAAUAACAAGAAAUCCCUGGAGAAGAUGAGAAGCGAGAUGGAAGAAGCCAAGAAGAAGAUCGGAGAACUGGACGGCAAGAUCGUCAAACUGAAUAACCUGAUCGACAGAGCCAAGAGGGAGAAAGUGGCACUGGAUCAAGACAAUACAGAUGGAGAGAGUGAAGAAGCUGAUCUGAGUAUCUUCUGUGUAUCUUGUGGUCAUCCUAUCAAUCCAGCUAGGGCCCUUAGACACAUGAGCAAAUGCUACACUAAGUAUGAGAGUCAGACGUCGUUUGGGUCAGCGUUCAAGACCAAGAUUGUUGGAGAGUCAAUGUUUUGUGAUUUCUUCAACUCACAGCAGAACACAUACUGUAAGAGAUUGAAAGUGUUAUGCCCUGAACACACCAAGGAGCCUAAGGUCAGCGCUGAUGAGGUGUGUGGCUGCCCUCUAGUGGCAGAUGUCUUCCAGGAAACCAAAGGUUUCUGUCGUAUUGCCAAGAGGAAAUGCAGUAAACAUUACAAUUGGGAGAAAUUGAGAAGGGCAGAGAUCGAUCUGGAAAGAGUCAGAUGGUGGCUGAAGUUAGACGAGCUCCUGGAACAAGAACGUAACAUCCGUCAGGCCAUGUUUAACAGAGCUGGAGUUCUGGGCUUGAUGCUUCAUCAAACGUUGGAUCACAGUCUUCUUAUGCCUACCGGAGUACCGCCGCAACACCAGGCACAAGUUGCCGUCUCCAGGCAGUAAAAUCACAGCUCACCUUCAAAUCCAGGUGAACAAAAUUGACUAGAACUGGGUUUGGACUUGCAAUCUCCAGAUGAAUGUGCCGGCCUCUCUAACACCUGAGCUAUCUAGCUCAACGGACCCCCAUUAUAGGGAGAAUUAAAUUUCAACCAGUCAGUUUUCGCUGUGGUGGCUUCAUCAUUUUCCUAGCAGACUCUGAUGCAGUGAUCAUCUUUGGUUUGCCAAUAAUGGGCCAGACUAGGUGUGUUUUCUUCAAGCUUUGAUUUUGUCUUGUUUUUUUUUUAAAAUACGGCUUCGACUCUAGCUUAGGUUCCAUCGGUUAUUUUGACAAUGUACACUCCUGGUCGAGAGAUUCAAAUAGUUGGAAGGGGCCUAAGCCUAGGUUCCAAACAUUCAGUUGGCCUUACAUUCAGUUCUGGAUCUGGAUAAACAUUACCAACGCUCUAAUUAGAGCCAAACGAGAAGAGAAGAUGAUGAAGAAAUUGCAGUUUUAGAUGUGAGAGGGAAACCCCAGAGAGGCUUUGAAGGGUGGUUGAAGUAACAUGAAGUCUCUUUCUUGCAUAUGGCAGAUAAGCUUUUAUGGGGUUUGGGAUUAAACAAAUCCUUCUGUAAUACCCUGUUCACACAAAGACGCCGCUUCUACUGCGAUGGGGAAAUGGCCGAUAGCGUGGCCAGGAGCGUGACCAAUCGUGGGCCAAACGUGGGAGGAUCUCCAUGAGCGUGGUUGGUCGGCGUUGGAUUUCCUAGGUCAGGAAGCUGCAUGCUCUCCCCGCGCUUAUUUUUAACAUGUUCAAAAUAAUCAUUGCCAGGUCGUGGCCGACAAUAAGCGGGGCAAAGUCGUUGCGGGUACGCUAUUGUUGUACAAGCAGCCUGGUAGCACCGUGGUUAAAUCUAUGUGGUCGUCACAACAAUGCAGCACGGUCGGCAACCAUUUCGAAGUAGAAACCUGCUUGGUCGGCAUUGGUCUUGGUGUAAUCUUCAGUAAUCUUUGUUCCCCGAUGUCACCAUCAUUGGACUGAACAAUUUACUCAAGUUCUGGUGGCUGAGAAACCAGUGUUUGUGCAAACCCUGGUCAUGACACUUCAGCCUUGAGCAAGAUACGUUAUUAUUGUUGCCUCUCAUCAGCAAGGAGUAAAACGGGUACCUGCGAGGUUAGGGACUGUUGAUGUGACUGAUCAGCAAUCUGAGCCCAAUUUCAUAGAGCUACUUAAGCACAAAAAAGUAUAGCCAAGCACGACAAAAUUAUGUUUACCGGAAUAAGGUUACCAGCCAAACUAUUAUAUCUCAUGUACCGUUUGUUACUGGUAUCCUGCUUCAUCUUGCUUGCAGACUAUUGUUAAUUAAGAACAAUUUUCUGAUUAAGCAGCUUUAUGAAGUUGGGCCUUGUUUGUCAGUGGGUUUGUCGUCUCUUUAUGUUACUCGGAAAAACCUUACCCCUCGACAAAUUUUUUGUUUUGUUCAAGAGCUUUAGUCUUUGAGAAGGGUAAUUUCAGUAUUAUUUAGUUUUCUUCAAAAAUGACAUGGAACAGUGCAUAUAUCCAGACAGUCAUUAGAACCAGUCUAUAUGUGUAGUGGGUUUGGUUUAGGAUGGGAAUGUACAGACUCUGCCGACAGACUCCUAGUAUAUAUUUCAUUAAACCUUAGAAAAGCCAAUCUAGUCGCCAUGUUUUUAAAGAGAGAGUGUAUGAUAGUUAUUAUGGAGCAAUGUACAUUUUGUAAAUUGUAAAUAUUACAUAUUAUACGCUUUGAAAUAAAAACACAUAAAACGAA